AUGCCUCCUGAUACAGCUGCCAAGGAGGCGAAAUGCGAAGAUCUAGAGGAGGUGGUUAUUGGUGGUGACCCGGAGAAGUUCUUUCAGGAGGUCCAAAAGCUUACUGGAAUGAUCGCUGCCCUGAAUCGAUUCAUUUCCAGGUCGGCGGAUAGAUGCAGACUGUUCUAUCUCUUAAUAAACAAAUGGAAAGGAUUUGAGUGGUCCAAGAACUGUAUUGUGGCCUUCCAGCAACUCAAGGAAUACCUAUCCCGACCACCUAUCAUGUCCAGUCCUGAGGCUAACGAAGCCCUAUACGUAUAUAUUGCUGUGGCCCCUCAUGCCGUGAGCUUGAUGCUAAUACGGGAUGACAAUGGCCUUCAAAAACUAGUCUAUUACGUGAGCAAGUCGCUGCAUGAAGCUGAGGUCAGAUUCUUACCCCUGGAGAAAGCCAUACUGGCGGUGGUCCAUGCCACACGAAAGCUUCCCCAUUAUUUCCAAGCCCAUACAGUGGUUGUUCUAACCCAACAACCCUUGAAGUCCGUACUUCGGACCGCUGAUUACACUAGAAGGAUUGCCAUAUGGAGCACAAUUUUGGUAGCUUUUGACAUCAAGUACAUGCCUCAGACCUCCAUAAAGGGCCAGGUCCUAGCUGACUUGGUGGCCGAAUUUGCUGAACCACCAGUAGAAAUAGUAGCAGAGGAGCGCAACAUGGAUGGAAAAUCGGUUUGA